CUCAGGUCCAGCAUCAACCUCAGGUCCAGCAUCAACCUCAGGUCCAGCCUCAGCCUCCACCCCAGCGUACUCCAUCAAGGAUUUCGCCAAGUUUGUCACAGUUUACCAAGUCAAGAUUUAGCGGGUCUCAUAUUGCUGCAGCGAAGCCCAAUCUAAAGAUGGCUAGAAGACCAUCUCAGGCUACUGACCAACCUAGCUCAACAGCACUGUCCAGUCCCCCUAUACCAAGCACCACUACACAAGACCCUGGACUUCCAGUCUCCGUCCCCAGAUCAACUGCCGAUGUUACCAGUCCCACAUCAUCAUGCAGCGUUGUCUCCAGUGCUCCUACUGCGCUGUUACAAGCACCAAGUGUACUACCGCUUCCUCGUUUGUGGUCGGAGACCUUGCCACCAGAGGAUCACAGGUGGAUUGCAAGCCGGCUUUUUAAAAUGGGGUCCAGGGGAAAGCCGGAACUCCGUGACAACCUUCAGCUCUGGUAUCACCCACCACAGCCUGCACUGACAUACAAUCAGGCUCCUGCUCCUGACAGAUUUUUUUGUCAUGCCCUUUUGCUGUGGAUGCCGUAUAAGCUGUGGAAGGUCAAGGUUCUCUGUCCCAAUCCUGCCUGUGGACAGCAUCAACUGACAGGAGGCGGUCUGCAUAAAAGGGCACGGCAAGUUCAUGACAUUGACAGGAUGUACAACAUGGUCACAGAAACCCUCAUCUGUAAGAAGUGUAAAGCUUCUCGCGUGUCCUGGAGUCAGACUGUCCUGCAACAGCUGGAUCUGGGUCAUCGCUCUGAGUUUCGGGUCAUCCUCACGCAGAAGUAUGCAUGUGAUCUGAGAGUCAUUAGACUCUUGCGUGAACGUGGCCUAGGCAACAGCCCCACGCGUGUUAUUAAACAGCUGCGUGAGAACCACAGCGAGGAGUGGCUCCAGCGUCUGGCCCGGUACACCACCCAGUGCAUGGACUUCAUCAACCGCCCUGGGGUGUUGCCAAUGCAGUUCCAGGAACCUCCUGAGCCUACAGUGUUGCCGAGCGUCAAGUGGCUUCUCACUGUGUACAGCCAAGACAUCCUGACAAGGCUGGAUGAAAUCCAUGCCAGGAUAACAUCCACACAUGGCACAGUGUUGAAAAUGGAUUCAACUAAAAAGAUCACCAAGAAGCUGGCUGGGACAGCGAGGGGGACAGGAAACUGGCUCACCUCUGUUGGCAAUGAGUUUGGUCAGGUGCUCAUAAGUGUGUUGACAGCCCAGGAAGGAGCAGGACUGGACAUGAUGAUAGAUGGUCUGGUGAAAAGAUACCAGCAGGCUGGUGUGGAUCCACCUGCUGUGUUGUAUGUUGACUGUGGGUGCUGCACUGAGGUGGGGGAAACCAAGCUGAAAACCAGGUUCAGAGGAUGGCCAGAUCUCUUAAUAAGGCUGGACAUCUGGCAUUUCAUGCGCAGGAUUGCUGUGGGCUGUACAACUGAUGCCCAUCAGCUUUAUCCUAUAUUCAUGGCACGACUGUCUGCAUGCAUCUUUGAAUGGGAUGCUGCUGAUGUUGCUGUGCUACGCAGAGCCAAGAAAGAGCUGCUGGUGUCCCAGGGUUGGCCUGUGCUGACAGAUGAAGUUGUCAAUAAACAUCUUUCCAAACAGGAGCUGGCUCUGCAUUGUCGGAGGAGGACCCGUGGAGAGGAGACUACCAUUCUUCUCCUUGAGCGGCUGCUAACAGAGCUCAUGACCAGCAAUGGCAGUGACUCUAUGGGUGUUCCUCUUCUGGACAGAGAAAGGAUGGAGCACAUCUGGAGUGUCCAGAAGAAGCAUGUCAAAUGCAUCCAGGACCCACCCGGUGUAGCCCUCUAUACUGAGACGGGGACCUUAACCAAGGGAGGUGUGGUUCUGAAGACAUACCGAUGUGCCAGAGGAUCCACAUCUCUAGAGUCCUUUCAUUUACAUUUAAACCGUUUUAUCCCAGGUACCAGUGCCAACAGUCUUAACUUUCAGAUUUAUCUGCUGGAGGGACUAAACAGGUGGAAUCAGGACCGGGAGGCUGCUUCCUUGUCAUCAGGACCAUCAGCUUUGUGCAGCUACACGGGAGAACUUGUUUACUGCGUAAACAGGAAUUAUGAAAAGCUGUUUGGCAAGAAAGUGGUCCCCACAUUUCAUCCACCUGCAUGUUACACUGGUGAACUUAUUGGAGUGCAGUAUUUAUUCCACCAGACUGGUCGGGCACUGCAGGACAUGAACCCAGACUCUGAGCAGACGGCAGAGCUUAUAGAGGAACUUGAUGUGGAGGAGAGGGAGGAAGAUGAAGGGUUCUUUGACAUCAAUGAGGAUCACACAAUAAGAGAUCCAGAGGCUGUUCUGUCACCGCCCUCCACCAUGACAAGGAGUCCCUCUACCUUGGUUGCAAGCAGUGCCACAUCUAUUCAGGCCUCCAUAUGUCCUUCACCGGUCCCUGAACCGGUUCUUCUGACACGUGACCCCUCACAGUCUCCAACUGCUCUCUCACCUGUUCACUUGGAGCCUGGAGAUACUGGUGAUGAUGAUGAAAUGGCUGUUGACUCCCAGAACGUGCCAGGAUUCCAGCAUGUGGACAGGCUGGCAGAAUAUCUGGUCGAGCUUAGGAAACGCACAGCCCUCAGCCUGACUAACCAGGAAGCAGAAACGAUUAUUGGACUUUGGCAAAACCUGGAUGCCUUUGACAAGCGGCGGGUGGUGUAUCGACCUCGUUUCAAGAAGAGACUGCUGACUGGACGGUUCAGAACACCAAAGACGCCCACUCGCACCCCUGGAGUAGAGAGCACCACCAGAUGCGUGCUGGGUGCAAGCAGCGCACCUGCUCAGUGGCCUGACUGUUGCCGUCUGGUGGAAACCAUUUUCAUCAGGCUGUGCGUAAUCCACCUUGCCCCCAAAAGAAAAGGUGGGAAAACUUAUUCGAGAUGGUCUUUGAUCCUAGAAGACUAUCGCAAGAUAAGGCAGCUUGUGUUUGGCAAUGGCUUGGUGAUGAACGAAACUUCAUUGCAGCUGGUGGAGGUUAACCAGAACACCCUGAUUGACUGGUACAACGUAAGAAAUAUAGACCAGCAAGUGACACUGCUAGUUCGAGGCCUUGAUUUGCCUCAUCCCAUCCCUGAAGCUCAGGAGCCUCUUCAGGAUGCCAAACGGCUACGAACUGAGCUGCAGCAACCAAUGCAGAUGCACCAGUACAAGCUACCAGAUAGCACAGCAGGACAGGCAAAGCAAAGAGUAAUAUCUAUUAGGCAGCCCCCUCUCAGACCCAAAACACCAUCAGCACCUGGAGCAUCACUGCAAAUGGUGUCAACAGGUUUCCAAAGUGUGCCGUUGCUCCAGUAUGUGCCAAUGGUGCAGGGAAUGCCAAUGGUGCAGGGCAUGCCGGUAGUCCAUGGUGUGCAAAUGGUGCAGGGCAUGCCAGUUUUACAGCCAGCAGUUGUGCAAGGCACCACCUUACAGCCAGGUCCUAGUCAAGGAACUAUGCCCAAGAGACCCUACAAGCGAACAGUAGAGGCGAACACUUGCAAGAAGUGUGGCCAAUUUAAGACUGCUGAAACUGGGCAUAGCCAAUACAGGGGCAAGGUGUACUGUCCCCAGACUGAGACUGUGUCCAAAGAAGUGUGGUUGGAGAACAUGCGUAGAAUCUCCAACUAAUGUAUACAGUUUUAUGUUGGUAAAGUUCAUUCUUAAUAUUUGAUUGUUACUGUACUUUUAGUUGGUUUUAAAAGUGUUUUUUAAUAUUGCAUUUAACUUUUUGUUUUUUUUUUUUACUUUUUACCAUUUAAUAUUCAUUACUGUUCUUUUAAAUUUUGUAAACGCAUUUAAAACAUUGUCAAGUGAUGACUUUUGACUUGGUUGGCAUGCGAUAUUUGCACCCAAUAUAACACUUGCUUGUACAAAGGAUUAUUGGUGUAUCUUUUUGUUCUCACAACAUAAGAAUUACCAUAGAAAUGUCUAUUUAAAGUAUUUAGAAUUUAUUUAUUGCUUUUUUGUGUUUUUUAAAUUCAUUUCAAGUUUCAUCUGAC